GAAAAGAAACAAAGCAAGCAAAACUUUACUAGAGCAGCCAGCCCGAGCCCCUAAGCAUCGCGGCGGGUUUCCAGUUUCCUAGACACAGGGAUCCCACACCCCACUUCCCCCGUCCCCGGCCGCCUGCACCCCGACGCCCCGCCUCGCCCUCCCCGCCCCACCCCAGGGGGGCUGGUGGGCGUGUAUUUGAAUCCUGGCUAAUCGGCGGCCGGCGGGCGGGGCGGCCUGCCAGCGCCCCUGACAGCCCAGCGGCGGGAGGAGCCCCUCUGCCCUGGGAGCCGGACGGGCCGCGCCUCCCCGCCGGUGACCGGUCCGGUGCGCUGGCCCAUGCUGGUCCCCGCCUUUGUUCUCGGGCCGGAGCGGAGACAUGCGCGGCUGACGAUGGAAGUAGAGGACUCGGGCGGCGUGGUGCUGACCGCCUACCACUCGUACGCGCGCCCCCAGCCGCCCAGCUCAGAGCCGCGCUGCGCGCCUCGGGCCGCCGCCAGCCACCCAGGCAGCAGAAAAUCCAUUUCUCGCUGCCGAAGAAUUAGCAGGAUGCUCUCCAAUGAAUCCUUACAAUCCCCGGCAUUCAGCCGCUCCAACUCUCAAGCCUCCAUAGACAGCGCCUCCAUGGAGGAUUUCUGGCGGGAAAUAGAAAGUAUCAAAGAGAACAGCCUGGGAGUUCAGGAAGAGCAGACGCCAGCUGAGGCCAAGCCCCUGGAUGAAGGAGAACUUGAAGCAGAGUGGUUGCAAGAUGUAGGUUUAUCAACCCUGAUCUCGGGUGAUGAAGAGGAGGAUGGCAAAGCCUUGCUCUCUACUUUGACUCGAACCCAAGCAGCUGCAGUGAAGAAGAGAUAUAAUACUUACACUCAAACCAUGAGAAAAAAGAACAAGCAAUCUGUCAGGGACGUCAGAGACAUCUUUGGAGUCAGCGAAUCUCCUCCAGAUGAUUUUUGUUGUAUCCCAGCUCCUCUUUUGGAUGUGAACCCAGAUGAAGAAGGGAUGCCGGCAGUUCCCUGCAGAAAUGGUCAACUGCCAGGCGAUACCUGUGACAACCAUCCUAGUCAGUUGGACGGCACCCAGGAGGAAAAAGAGCUGCCGGGAGUUAUCAAAACAAGUGGUUCCUUGCCAGAUGAUGCUUCUUUCAACAUUACUACCCUGUCAGAUGGGUCCCAAGAUGAAGAAGGGAGUUUUGCAGUUCCCAGGAGUGGCUCCAUGUCUAUCCUGGAGACUAUUCCAGAUGUGCCAGCUCAUUCCAAUGGCUCAGCAGACCCUGGACAGUCGGUGCAGAACGCAGUGAGUGAUGAUGAAUAUCUGGAAAAGGACAUUCCGCUACAAGCUGAAGAGCUGUCCUUUGAAGUAUCUUAUUCAGAAAUGGUUACAGAGGCUCCAAAAAGAAAUAAAUUUAAGAAGUCAGAUUUUAAGAAAGAAGACUAUGUUUUACCUAAAUUCAUUGUUCAGAAAACCAGAUUUGGCCUAACUGAAGCAGGAGAUCUGUCUGCUGAAGACAUGAAGAAAAUCCGCCAUCUCUCUCUGAUUGAAUUGACGGCCUUUUUUGAUGCCUUUCGUAUUCAACUGAAAAGAAACAAAACGGAGAAAGUAAAAGGACGAGACAGUGGGAUUUUUGGAGUUCCUCUUACAGUCCUGCUGGAAAAUGACCGAAGGAAAGAUGCUGGAGUGAAAGUUCCCCUUGUGUUACAAAAAUUCUUUCAGAAAGUUGAAGAAUCGGGUCUGGAAUCUGAAGGGAUUUUUCGACUUUCAGGAUGUACUGCCAAAGUCAAGCAAUACCGUGAAGAACUGGAUGCCAAGUUUAAUGCUGAUAAGUUUAAAUGGGAGAAAAUGUGCCACAGAGAAGCUGCAGUAAUGUUGAAAGCAUUUUUCAGAGAACUACCCACCUCUCUCUUCCCUGUGGAAUAUAUACCUGCUUUCAUCACUCUAAUGGAAAGAGGGCCUCACAUCAAAGUACAGUUUCAAGCCUUACACCUCAUGAUCAUGGCACUGCCUGAGGCGAACAGGGACACAGCCCAGGCCCUCAUGACAUUCUUCAAUAAAGUCAUUGCCAACGAAUCAAAAAACCGAAUGAGUAUAUGGAACAUUUCUACUAUAAUGGCACCAAAUCUUUUCUUCAGUAGAAGCAAACAUUCUGACUGUGAAGAAUUACUCUUAGCAAAUACCGCUGCCCACAUCAUCCGCUUGAUGCUAAAGUACCAGGAGAUGUUGUGGAAGGUUCCAUCUUUCUUAAUCGCUCAAGUCAGAAGAAUGAAUGAAGCCACCAUGUUGUUAAAGAAACAGCUCCCAAGUGUCAAAAAACUGCUAAGGAGGAAGACCAUAGAACGAGGGGUUACAAGCCCCAAGACUUCAAAGGUACUACAAAAAUCACCCUCUACAAGAAGAAUGUCUGACGUGCCGGAGGGAGUCAUAAGGAUCCACGCGCCCCUUCUUUCCAAGGUGUCCAUGGCCAUUCAACUCAACAGUCAAACCAAAGCCAAAGACAUAUUGGCGAAAUUUCAAUAUGAGAACAGUCAUGGUUCAUCGGAAGGCGUUAAGAUUCAGAACCAAAGGUUGUAUGAAAUUGGAGGUAAUAUAGGACAGCACUGCUUGGAUCCAGAGGCUUAUAUAUUGGAUGUAUAUCAUGUAAAUCCCCAGGCAGAAUGGGUGAUUAAACCCCAACCAAGUGUUUGAAAUACCCCCCAAGAUGGCAGCUAUCGUGUAUUACAUGCCAAGAAGUCCUACAUUUGGUAGGGAAAAAACAAGACUGCUUUUGACAUGUUAGUUCCUAGAACCCUCUUGGUGUUUCUCAGCCCAACUGGUGUCUCCCACUGGUGUCAGCACGAAUUGUGGAAGAGGAGCUGGUUGACCAUUUGAGCUGAAGCUUUCUCAUGAUGGUUCUUUGAUAAGAGUGAAGGAAAGAGGAUGUGAUCCUUCCAGAAGAAAGGCCAAUAUAGAAUAUGGAACUCUAAUCAUUUCUAACACUUUGGCUUCACAGCAGAAAUGAACUUGGUCCUCUACCUGGGGAUAAGAAGCACUUCUUGAUGUAGCAAAUGCUACCAAACACAAGAGGUGGAAAAGACUUUUUUUUUAUACUUAUGUUAUAUAUAUAUAGACCUUUUUGAACAAGGAUGCCAGAAAUAACAAAAAUUUCUGCUCUGAAAAAUAAUUUAGAUCUACUUUCCAAAGAGAAUCAGUUUCCAGAGUCACACAAACAAUGUUUAUGCUCUGACUUGCUCCUGAAUUGGAGGAGGAGAACCUUCUAUUUAAAAACCACUGUAUUGUUAUGUAUGCUGUACUGUAUUGUGGCUGUCUGCAUUCUGGUGCAGAUGAACAUUUCCCUAUCAUGGGCUAUUGAAAACUGAUAUUUUUAAAGCUUGUUCUCUUAUGAGCACAGGUCCCCAUAGUUAAGGUUAGGUUGACAAAGGCUGUUCUUGUGCUUCCAUAACCUUCGGUGUAGUCAGCGGUCACAGGGCCCCUAUUUCCUCAUCAUGAUUAUGGUGCUCAGUGAAUAGCUUUCCAUGUGCCAGGCACAGAUUUCCUUUCCUCAUCAAACAUAUCAUUUUUUAUAUUUCACAGCUGUAGAGAAUCACUUCUGCAGCCCCAGUUUUAAACUGCAGAACUGCCUUUGUCCAACUUCUCUUUCUUCAAGAGUGCUGAAAAAUACUGUUAUAUCCAGAUUUUAUAUGCUGUAAAAACAGGUUUUGUUUCUGUUCAUCAGUCAUAGACUUGGCCAAGCACUGUGGAUUAGCAUCAGGCUUUAAAAUCAGAUGAAUGUUUGGUGAGCUGAAAACUGCCUCGCUAUGAAGAUCCCGCGGAGCCAUUUUCCAGAGCUGCAGUUGGUGAGAAAGCACAAUUCAUGAUUCUAAUUGAGAGCAAAUCUGAAAUUUGCUGGGGGUUCCGGCAGCCCUGCCUUUCAUUUGGAGACUGCAGUAUAGUCGUUCUAGGGUUGGUUAGAAAUGGGGACAGAGGUCUCAUUUAUCCCAUGUGUGUGCUUUGGAUUAGAAUCUACUAAUUAGAUUGAGAUUUUGAUGAAUUUACACCAGUUUUAAUGAGAUUUAACACCCAAAUGACUCUCUUUUGCAAAUCAAACAAUAGACAAAGUUGCUCACCAAUGCAGAAUACAUUUAAUCUACUUACCAAGUCUCAAAACAAAAUGUGAUAAUAAUUUAAGCCUAUAUUAUAGAAGAAAUCUUUUACAUGCUCAUUAUGCC